AAAAAACUUUUCCUCGGGCCAGCCUCUUGCUUUCUCUUGCUCACUAGGCUGGGGACACUAGAUUGCUUACUGUUCUGGUUUCUAGUGGCUUUGAGCGAAGUCUUUCUCGAAUUCUGCUCCUUCGAAUAAGCUAAGCGCCACUUCAAAUUUUCUGAUGGAGGCCCUAGAUCGAGUAUGUGUAGUUCAUUAUUUUUGUUAUCAUCUUUUCACCAACGUUAAUCUGCUAUAUUCAAACCACAAUAUUAUUGCAAGAUUCUGCUUUUAUCAGCUGCCUAAAAAGUGAUUGUGUUCUGAAAAUGCAUUAUCCAUUGCGAUUGGUGUAAUUUGGGCCACCUUUCUGCUUACGUUCCAGAAUUCAUUUCUCAUCCUUGUUUGCUUUAGAUAAAAAGGGCCUUCGGCUUCUAGAUAUCCUAUAUUCUUCUUCUGUUUACAGUGCAUGGCCUUCAAUCCUGCUAUUGGCCUCUUUCAAAAUAGCGUGUCAAACUUAUGGUGCUCCCUUCUUAAUUUGUCAUGGGCAUACCUAUGCUUCUGAGAUGAUUAUGACGGUUGUUUAUGGUGGGUUCUUAAAUCUCAAUGAUUUUGACUUUUCCUCUCAGGUUAUUUACUUCAUCAAUUGUAUUUGAUUCAUUUUGAAAUUUUCCGGGCCCUUCAAAUUUGUCUUUGUCGUGGACCUAAUAUUCCUUGAAAUUCUGUAACCGAGUUGUUAUCGUUACACCGUUGAACGACCGUGCCAUUGGAGCCUGAGAAAAAUCCUCUUCCUUGCCUCAUACCUUCCCAAGCAUAGGUUAAAUUUUACCAAGAUGAUGUGCAAACUAUUUCAUGUGACACUGGGGGCAGGUUUCUUUGUGACAUACUAAUAUCCCUUAUAUUGCAACAGAACCUUUCUAGAAAUGCUUGAACAGGAACUUUGUUUCCUUAAACCACCGUUCUUGCUAUGCAUUUGCAUUGGCUUCUUGCUAAAUUUCACUUUGAUCGCUGAGAUUCCAUUGGGUUCCAAACUUUUUGUGACUGACAAUGACUGUUGGGUCUCCUCCAACGGUGACUUUGCAUUAGGAUUCUUAAACAUUUCAGAGCAACCUAACCUGUAUAGAAUUGGCGUUCAUUACAAUUCAAAGUCUAUGCCAACUAGCCAGCAAACUGUUGUCUGGACUGCAGGAGCUGAUAUCACAGUUGGUAAUGGGUCCUAUUUCCAUCUCACCCAGCAAGGAGAACUGGUCCUGUUUGAUUCCUCAUGGGGAAUCCCUACAUGGACUAGUAAAAGUAAAACAGGCAACCGAUCUAUUGUUUCAGCUGCUCUUCGUGAUAAUGGCAACCUUGUUCUACUAGACAAGGAGGGAAACAUUGCUUGGCAAAGUUUUGAUGAUCCUUCUGAUACACUUCUUCCAGGACAGAGUUUAAAUGUGGAUCGAACACUCCGGGCUGCAAGCAAGAAUUCAUUGUCCAGCUAUUACACUCUAUGCUUGAACGCUUCUGGUCAGUUACAGCUCCGUUGGGAAAGCAGUAUUGUUUACUGGGUCAGCAGUAGCCCUUCUGCUUCAAAUCUAAGUGCUAUUCUUACCCCAAAUGGAGCCCUGCAACUUCGGGAACAAAGUUUGAAGCCUGUUUGGUCAGUGUUUGGAGAAGACCACAAUGAUUCUGUGAAUUACAGGUUUCUUAGGCUGGAUUCAGAUGGUAAUCUACGCUUAUAUUCAUGGAUAGAAACUGCACAACUCUGGAGGCCAGUCUGGCAAGCUGUUGAGAAUCAAUGCAAGGUCUUUGCAACUUGUGGCCAGCGUGGUGUCUGUGGGUUCACUGACUCAGGCGCCGUGGAUUGUAGGUGCCCCCUUGAGUUCACUAACAGCAUCAAUUGUUUGGUCCCAUAUAAGGAGUGUGGAUAUGGCUUCAGUAUGCUUACAUUCAAGAGCACAUUUCUAUAUGGAAUAUACCCCCCUGAUGAAUCAGUUAUCAUAAGUAGUCUGCAGCAAUGUGAGCGGUUGUGUCUGAAUGAUCCGCGGUGUACAUUUGCAACCUACUUCAAUAAUGGAAGUGGUCUGUGCUCCAUGAAGAAAACUCAGUAUGUGACUGGUUAUGCAGAUCCAUCUCUAAGGUCGACCUCUUUUGUCAAGGGAUGUUCAGACCCAUUAGCUGUAAACCCGAAUCUUAAGCAACUGCCUCUAUCAGAGCAGCCUCUUAGGCUUUGUCUUCCUUGUCUAGUUGGAGCAGCCACAGGCGCAUUCUUCAUCUUUGCUAUGGUUCAGUUGGGCAUUGGUUUCUGCAUCUACAAAAGAAAGAGCUCUACUACAAGGAAAAAAGCCACCUUCGAUCUCGCAAGCCCAAACUUGAAGGGCCUAACUAUUUUAUCUUUCCCAGAAAUCAAGAGCCUCACUGGGGACUUCAAGAACCAAAUCGGUCUAAAGAUGUUCAAGGGUUUGAUACCAAACAAUCAUCUUGUUGCAAUUGUAGACCUGGAUGCAUCCAUUGAAGAAAGGAAGUUCCGAGGUGCUGUCAUGAAGAUGGGAAGCAUCCAUCACAAGAACCUUGUGAAGCUGGAAGGCUAUUGCUGUGAGUUUAAUCAUAGAUUUUUGGUGUAUGAAUAUGCCAAAAAUGGUUCUGUGGAUAGAUAUAUAGCUGACCCAACUCUGUGCAGGAAGCUAACCUGGAGAAAAAGAAUAGAGAUAUGCUCAAGCGUGGCAAGAGCUAUCUGCUAUCUGCACACUGGGUGUAGGGAGUUUGUUAGCCAUGGAAAUUUGAAAUGUGAAAAUGUUCUGUUGGAUGAAAACUUCGCUGCAAAAGUGACAGAUUUCGGGUUUGCAAGAAUAGAUGGCCGGGCAUCAUAUUGUGGUUUUUCAGCUGAGAAGGAUGUGGAGGAUUUUGGGAAGUUUGUAUUAACUUUGUUGAGCGGCUCUCAAAAUCACGUGGAAGUUCGCGAUUGGGCUUACAGAGAAUGGAAGGAAGGGAGAGCUGAAAAUGUGGUUGAUAAAAGAAUUGAAGGUGGAAUGGAAAUAGAGGAACUGGAACGUGCACUGAGAAUAGCAUUCUGGUGCGUUCAGAUGGAUGAUCGCAUGAGGCCUUCUAUGGGGGAGGUGGCAAGAGUACUAGAUGGUAAUUUGAGUGUUGAGGCUCCACCACACCCAUUUGCAUUUCAGAAGCCAUUACAGGAAGAUGAUGAAGCGCAAGGAUACGGUUCAGAAUCAGACCAAUAAAGCGGGAACUUCUUGUUACUUGGCAUUUUUGCACUGGUAUUGUAUGUGUAUAUUAGUUGGGACUAACAGUUAGGUGAUUAUGAAUUGGCAUAGCCAUGAUCAUAUCCAAUAUUUUUUCGUCCCUGAAACCAUAUGUGGAUGUGAUUAUUGACUGUGAAAACCAUUGUGUUCAUUGUUGAUCUGCAUUUGAGCGGAGACUAAAGAUUGUCACUUGCAGCCUUGCAGGGCAAACUAAUGUUUCCUGAAUAUAAUAAUAAUUGCAUUGUUGUUCUGUAUAA